CGGUUGAAGGAGCUCGAGUUCGCGGUGACUAAUCGCAGUUCUACGUGGAGUUUUGCUGAUCGCAAUCUACUGUUCUUGUAGUUCUGAAUCUGCGGACCGCGCGCAAGUCUUGAGGGAGGACGUCAACAACACUCAACAGCUACCAGCAUGGAUCUAAAUAAGAAAACAUACCUCCUCAUCACUGGAGCGUCUCGUGGUAUUGGUAGGACGAUGGCAAUUGAGUGCUCGAAAAAAAUCGCCCCAGGGUCUCUCGUAGUGCUUCUGGCACGCUCGGAGUCAGGACUAAAUAAAACGAAGGACCAAAUUUCAUCUAACAAUAAAUCAAUAAUUGUAAGGACCAUUCCCAUUGACCUUGCUAAUGCGCAAAAAUCUGAGCUACAAAAAGCCAUCCUCACAUCAUUAGAAGGUUACAAUGCUAAGGACUUCGAACGAGCCUUGAUCAUACACAACGCCGGUUCACUAGGAGACAGCACAAAACUUGCUAAGGAACUUGACGACAUAGACUAUUGGGUGGAUUACUACAAACUCAACGUUUUCUCGGUCACCGUUUUAAAUGCAGUCUUCAUGAAAGAAUUCCAAGAUAUCGAGAAGGUAGUUGUGAACAUCACCUCAUUGUGUGGCAUUCAACCAUUCCCAAGUUUGUCGUACUAUUGCUCUGGAAAGGCUUCCCGUGAAAUGUACUUUAAAGUACUUGCUUCAGAGGAACCGAAUGUGGUUGUUCUGAAUUACUCACCGGGUCCCGUCGAUACGGAAAUGUUUCAUGAAAUCCAGACAAAUAGUCACGAUGAAAACUUAAGAAGUUCUUUCACUGAGCAGCUUGAAAAAAGGACGGUCCUAACAACUGAACAAACGACAGCGAAGUUUCUAAGCGUGCUGGAAGCGAAUAAGUUUAAGUCGGGAGAUCACGUUGAUUAUUUUGAUUAAAGCUCAGAUAAGAGGACAAAGAGACAGAAUUUGUAACCCAAAAACGCAUUUGAGAAAAAUAAAUAAUUUAAAGCAUU